GGAAGGAAUAUUUCGGAGUUUUCCUGACCUUUCUGUCUCUGUUUCUCCACUUUUCUACUCUUUCUAUUCUGAUUUUCUCGGCACCCGAAGGGCGCUCAGAUCUAAUCUCUAUUCCUCAGGGAAUUGAUUGACUCAAGAGUGUUUGUUGAGUAGAAUUUUGAUCUGAUGGAGUCGUCCUCGAGUCAGCCGGAAUUCGACUACUUGUUCAAGCUGUUACUGAUUGGGGAUUCCGGCGUUGGGAAGAGUACACUGCUUUUGAGUUUCACUUCUGAUACCUUUGAGGAGCUCGGUCCUACUAUUGGGGUGGAUUUCAAGGUGAAGCAUGUCACUCUUGGGGGUAAAAAGUUAAAGCUUGCAAUUUGGGAUACUGCUGGACAGGAAAGAUUUAGAACAUUAACCAGUUCAUAUUACAGAGGUGCUCAGGGGAUUAUAAUGGUAUAUGAUGUAACACGGCGGGAAACAUUUACAAAUCUAUCUGAUAUAUGGGCUAAAGAAAUUGAUCUGUACUCAACAAAUCAGGACUGCAUCAAGAUGCUUGUUGGGAACAAAGUUGAUAAGGAAAGUGAAAGGGUUGUCUCCAAAAAGGAGGGUAGUGACUUUGCUCGGGAAUAUGGAUGCCUCUUUAUCGAGUGCAGUGCAAAAACUCGAGUGAAUGUAGAACAAUGCUUUGAGGAGCUUGUCCUAAAGAUAUUGGAAACGCCAAGUCUCUUGGCUGAGGGAACGUCUGGAGUAAAGAAGAACAUCUUUAAACAGAAUCCACCACAAAACAGCGCCCCAACAAGUGGUUGUUGCUCAUUGUGAUUUACCAUCAAAACGCCAUUCAGACAACAUUACAUGAUACAAACAAGCUUAGCCGUUAAACCUUGUCAUCUGUAGUGCACUUACGUUCUAUAUGUACAAUCAGUCUUUUGAAAUUGCAGUAUUGAUGUGAUAAUGUUCCUUUUAUUUAUUUAAAUUAAAGGAUAAUGUUGCUUUUAGUUUUCCUCCUUGAAACAAGACCUCCAAAACCCUUUUGUGUUUUCGUUUUGGUUCGAUCUCUCUGCCUACGCAAAAUAAUAGAAGAUAGACAUUGAU